AUGAUACCCCCCCCCGAUCUACAUCCUUCUAAUCACCUCGUUCAAACGAACAGUCAGCCUCACGGCCCGCCCCCUCUCCUCUCCCUCUCCCUCUCCCUCUUCCUCUUUAUGGCCGUCGAGCCACCGCCGCCGUGCUACGGCGGCCCGUCCUCCCCCGCGCUGCGCCUCGAGAUCCACGCCACCUGGAACAAAGCCCGCGCGAGCACGUUGCAUCUCCCGCACCACAGCGCGCUCACCCCGAUGUUCAUGCCGGUGGGGACGCAAGCCGCCAUCAAGGGGCUGCACCCGGACCAGCUGCUGCACCCGACCGUCGACGCCCAGCUCGUCCUGGCGAACACGUACCACCUCGCCCUGCGCCCCGGCGGCGACGUCGUGCGCGACAUGGGCGGCGUGCACCGCUUCAUGAACUGGCCGCGCGCCAUCCUGACCGACUCGGGCGGCUUCCAGAUGGUCUCGCUGCUCAAGUUCUCCACCGUCACCGAGCAGGGCGUCCACUUCCAGAGCCCGGUCGACGGCACGGAGAUGCUGCUCACCCCGGAGAAGAGCAUCCACAUCCAGAACCACAUCGGCGCCGACGUCAUCAUGGCCCUGGACGACGUCGUGCCGAGCACCACCGUCGGCCCGCGCGUGGAGGACGCCUGCCACCGCACCCUGCGAUGGAUCCGACGCUGCAUCAACGCCCACGCCCGCCCUACGGACCAGAACCUCUUCGGCAUCGUCCAGGGCGGCCUGGACCACCGCCUCCGCGAGCUCUGCUGCAAGGGCCUCGUCGAGACCGACUUGCCGGGCUACGCUAUCGGCGGCCUGUCCGGCGGCGAGGAAAAGGACGUCUUCUGGAAGGUCGUCGACCAAUGCACCGACAUCCUUCCCCCGCGCAAGCCGCGCUACUGCAUGGGCGUCGGCUACCCGGAGGACCUCGUCGUCUGCGUCGCCUUAGGCGCCGAUAUGUUCGACUGCGUCUACCCGGCCCGUACAGCUCGCUUCGGCACCGCCCUCGUCCCGUCCGGACUGCUCAAGAUUCGUCACGCGAGCAUGGCCACGGAUUGCCGCCCGGUCCAGGUCGGCUGUCAGUGCCACACUUGUCGCAACUAUUCGAGGAGUUAUUUGCACUUUCUCGCCCCUGUGGACGCCUCGGUUGGCGCCCAACUGUUGACGUUGCAUAACAUUGCUUACUUGACAACCCUUAUGAAGCGCGCCCGCCAAGCAAUAAUAGACGGCACGUUUGAGCAGUUUGUGCAGAACUUUAUGCUCGAUUUGUAUCCUGAUAAGGCAUAUCCCAAGUGGUCGCGAGAUGCUCUCACAAAGGCUGGUGUCACUUUGCUAUAGCUGCCGCCCUCAUAUGCUAACUGCGAAGCACGUGUCCGCGUGCCAACUAUUAAUCGCUUCCACGGAAUUGAUUCCAUAUGUUAUUUCGUUGUAUGGAUCAGGCUUCAUUUCUGCGAAGUUAUACUGCAGCGCGUACUGAAACUUUUUCGGCCCACAUGUUUCUUUCCCGCGUCGAAGAGUGGAGCACUGGACUUUCUUGUGUGGGAGCCAGUAAUGAAGCCCAACUGAGCGGCAUGCGGUGUAAACGCUUGCAUGGGUGGAAAGGGCACUAUUCUUGCGCACAAGAACGACUUAUACGCUGUUUUUCCUGGGAAAAAGAGUGGGCUGGCGGGUCUGCGUCCACCCAUGAAGCAAAUUCUUACACUGAUGCCGUGCAGCAUGCCGCUGAUCUAUUGGGAAGUUUCCAUCAUGUGAAGAAGAUUACCACAAGCUGUGGUGCAGGCUUGACAAGAUGAGUCGCUUUGGUCAUUACCUUGAUUCUUUUCAGAGAUCGCAAUCUAUACUCACAGGUUUGCAAGUGGAAGCCAGGGACCGCUCUCUAUCCACACAAAAUGGGUGACGUAUUGAAUUUUUGAAAUAGAAGAAAUAGUCACUAAUCUACGUGCGCUAACAGCCCUUACCGCUUUCCGGUCGGAAAUAUUCCGAACACAAACCGCGCUUGCGGGACGAUGGGACAAGACCAGGUCUUUAGGACGGAAAAGUCGCUGUUCUACCCAUGUCUCCUCGCAUCGCUGUCUGUAGCACGGGAGCUCCAGCGGCCUUUAUAUUAACACCUCGAGUCCCAGUUCCAGUUCUUAGGGAAUCAUGGGUAGAUAGUUCUGUCGCGGUUGGUGUUUAUAAUGUGAUAUUCUGGAUGAGGAAAGUCAUGAACAGUUGGUGUUUUCCUAGCUUCCCACAAAAAUAGAGACUAAGCCAGGUAGAAGACGCCCUGAUUAUACAAUGGGAAGCGAGGGCGCUGCGGCAUAGACCGCUGUGGCAUCCCACUCACUUUUGGCGCAUGGGGUGCAGCAAGUUGCCAGCGCACCCGAGUUGUUUUCAAAAAUUAUGGAGCGUUCGAUCAAUGGGAUUAUGGAAAAUAAAAGGCUAGCGAUCUG